UGGGGGUGUGUGUGUGGGGCGGCAGCCGCCCGCCCGCCGAGCCGGCGGAUCCAGGCGGGGAUGGAGCCUCCCCCGGCGCAGGGAUGCUGCUGCUGCUGCCGCUGCCGCCGCCUCCGUCUCCAUCCCCGCCGGGAGGGAGCGCGGCCCGGGCUGCUCCCGCCGCCGCGGCUCUGAUGCCUUCGGGUUUUCCGUGCCGGCUCCCGGAGCCACGGGGAGCCCUCGCCGCCAGCGGGUGAGCCCUGUGCCCUGCCCCAGCCAUGCAGGAGCCGGAGCCGGGGGUGUCCGGUGCGUACCCGCCGCAGCCGGCAGCGGGGCAGAGCGGUGCCCCGGCAGCGGGCGAUCCCGUCCCCGCGGCCUCCGCCUGCCCGGACCUGGACACGCGUAAAGGCGUGGGGGGCGACAGUGACGGGGCGAGCUGCCAGCCGUCGCCGGGGCCGGAGGGGGCCGGAGCAGCCCGACCCCAGGAAGAGCCCUCGGGGACCCUCCGAGGCCCCCCUGCAGACCCCCAGCGGGUUCGCUCCACGCCGGAGCUCGUUAGGCCGCUGCGAGCGAUGGAUGGGGUCGGACGCGACCCGACAGACAGACCCCCCCAGAGCGGGGCUGACUACGGCUUCCUCGUGAGCCAGAACACGAAGCUCCUGAGUGCACUGGAGGACCUGCGGCACCGCUGCUCCAGCCUGGCCGAGGAGAACAGCUUGCUGCGCAGGAGCUGCUUUCCCCAGACAGAGGAGAAGGUGAAGCACCUGAAGAGGAAGAAUGCGGAGCUGGCAGUGAUUGCCAAGCGCCUGGAGGAGAGAGCCCGGAAACUCCAGGAGGCAAACCUCAAAGUCGUAACUGCUCCGGUGCCUCUGAAGGGCUCCAGCCUGGACCUGUGUAAAAAAGCAUUUGCCUGCCAGCGUGCCAAGGACCUGACAGAGCAAGCCAGUGCUCUCCUGGCAAAAGACAAGCAGAUUGAAGCUCUGCAGCAGGAGUGCCGGGAGCUGCAGGCUAAACUCAUCGCAGGGAAGGAUGACCCUCGCUGCCUGAAUGUCAUUGAGUUUGAUCGCCUGUUGCGGGAAUCCCAAAGAGAGGUGUUACGGCUGCAGAGGCAGAUCGCGCUGAAGAAUUUCAAGGAGUGUCUACGUUCCUCUAAAAUCAGUUCAGGCAGCGCUUUGCCAAGCACUGCCACAUGCCUGGGACCACCCGUACCAAUGCUAAAUACCUGCAUCAAAGGUUCACCUCUAGCAAAGGAAGCCCGCUUGGGAGGCUCAAUGCUUGGAGAGGAAGCACACAGAGAGGUGGAACCAGCUGUGCAACCGCUGGGACCUGCCUCUGAAGGACAUGAAAAUUUCCCUCCCAAAAAUGCAAUAACAGACCAAGAGAGCAGCCAACAGAUACAGCAACUGGAAUUUGAACUCAAGAAAAAGCGCAAAAAAUGUGAAAACCUUGAGCAUGAAGUGAGGAAAAAGCAUAAAAGAUGCCAAGAACUGGAGAUCCAGCUGCAGGAGGUACAAAGUGAAAAUGCACGACUGGCCGAAGAGAAUUUGCAGCUGAACGAGAAGGCUGAAUGGGCAGGACAGGUUGAAUCUGAGAAUGCUGACCUGAGAUUGCAGGUUGUUUUGGUUACUAAGGAACGGGAUUCAGUAAUUCAGACAAAUCAAGGACUCCAAACCAAGCUGGAGAAUCUAGAGCAGGUGCUGAAGCACAUGAGAAAUGUGGCUGAACGAAGGCAGCAGCUGGAAGUUGAGCACAAGGAAGCGCUGCUAGUCUUGCAGGAGAAGCAGGAGGAAGUCAGACGGUUGCAGCAGGCGCAGGCAGAGGCAGAAAGAGAACAUGAAGGAGCAGUACAGCUUCUAGAGAGUACUUUGGAUUGCAUGCAGGCCCGGGUGAAAGAUCUAGAAGAUCAGUGUCGCAGUCAAACAGAGCAGUUCAGCCUCCUGUCUCAGGAACUCAAACAAUUUCGGCUUCAAACAGGAAAAAUCGACCUUCUCACCUCUACGCUGGUGACUUCUGAGCUUCCUCUUGCUCUGUGCAGCUCUACCCCACAGCCCCACUGGGAGAAGGAAUCGACUGUUCCUGGAUUGCUCACUCACCAGAGCGCGAAGAAGGUUCACAAUGAAGAGACUGAUGAGUUGGAGUCGUCACAGUGGGCACCUGAUGCCACUCUUGGCUCCCCGGUUGCUGCUACCGGUUCUCAGAAACAAGUCAAGAAAGUGGAAUCUCAGUCAAACUCUUCAAAAUCAGAAUCCAUGCAGAACAGUCCAAAAUCCUGCCCAACUCCAGAGGUGGACACUGCAAGCGAAAUGGAAGAACUGGAUGUUGACAGCAUCUCUCUAAUGCCAGAGCCAGGCAGCCAAGGCCCUGCAAAGCUCCAGGUGUUCUUAGCUCGAUACAGCUACAAUCCUUUUGAUGGACCUAAUGAAAAUCCAGAGGCAGAGCUUCCGCUGACUGCUGGAGAAUAUAUUUACAUCUAUGGAGACGUGGAUGAAGAUGGCUUCUUUGAAGGGGAGCUGAUGGAUGGCCGGCGAGGGCUGGUCCCCUCCAAUUUUGUUGAGCGAGUUUCAGAUGAUGACCUCAUGACGUUUCUGCCUUCGGAGCUGAAUGAUCUCACCCAUAGUUCAUACCAGGAGAAAAGUUUUGUCAGUGCAAGCACCAGCAGUGGAGAUAAGAGUGAUUUCUCCAUUGAAGAGAGUAGCAUCAGUCCAUUGGCCAGUAGAGCAGAAGGAGACCAGGAGGAACCUGUUAGUCAUACAGCAGUGCCUUACCCAAGAAAAUUGACUUUGAUCAAGCAGCUUGCCAGAAGUGUAGUUGUAGGUUGGGAACCACCACUUUUGCCAGCUGGCUGCCCAGACGUACAAAGCUACAACAUCUAUGUGGAUGAAGAGCUACGUCAAAAUGUGAAGAGUGGCUUUCAGACCAAAGCAGUGAUUGAAAAGCUGGAUUUAAAGACAAAGGCUUACCGUGUAUCUGUGCAGAGUGUGACAGAGCAAGGCAGCUCUGAUAAACUGCGAUGCACUUUCUUUGUGGGGCAAGAUUUUUGUGUGGCACCAACUAUGCUGAAAGUCCGAAGCGUCACUGCCACGUCAGCAGAGGUUAUGUGGCUUCCCUGCAACAGCAAUUACAACCACGCAGUGUAUCUCAAUGGGGAGGAAUGUGACAUAACAAAACCUGGGGUCUACUGGUACACCUUCCGCAACCUGCAGCCGAGCACUCGGUAUGUUGCCAAGCUGGAGGCCCGGCCCUUGAAAACACCUUGGGAAGAGGUCCCAGAGGCGCAGGAGCAGAACUCAGCUGUGAUACACUUCACUACCCCGCUAGCAGGCACACCUGAUGCUCCUUUGGAUGUCCAGGUAGAAGCUGGUCCCUCACCAGGUAUCCUCGUUAUCAGCUGGUUACCUGUCACAAUUGAUGCCGAAGGAUCUUCCAAUGGAAUUCGAGUCACUGGUUACGCUGUGUAUGCGGAUGGACAGAAGGUGAUAGAAGUUACUUCUCCAACAGCUGGGAGUGUCCUGGUGGACUUGUCCCAGCUUCAGAUGUUCCAGGUGUGCCGGGAGGUUUCUGUGAGAACAAUGUCUCUGUAUGGGGAGUCGGUGGAUUCAGUUCCAGCCCAGAUUUCCUCGGUUUUGCUGCGAGCCUCUCACCACUCUUCACCUUCAGAUGCUGCUGUUUCUACCACUUUUACCUCCAGACUGCCCCAUGGAGAACCCAGGGGCUCUCUGCCUGGACGCAGCCCACCCACGCACCAGAUGGCUGCACUCCUGCUUCAACAAAAAGUUCCCACUGAUAGCUCAGAUGCCAAAUUGACUGAUCUCUCCUCUAGCCACGACAGCUCAGUGCGAUCUCUGCCAGAGAAAACCUCUUCACCGCCGCACAUCUCCUCUCCCAGCGCUUCCUUGGUGCAGGCUUUAGGCACUUCCCCACAGGGAUCGGACGCUGCACAGGACAAGAAAUGCCUGACUGUGCCUCCUCAGCAGGCUGGCAGCACAGUGCUCCCUGGUGAGGGCAUGGACCCUGUCCCUUCAAGGGAAGCAGAAUUGCAAGGCCUGGGCAAAGGGACGGAGGUGCAGAUGGAGCAAUCUGUUACCAAAGCGCCAGAGCUGGAAAGCCUGUCUGACAGUAGUCUGAAGAUAUGUAUGGAGACCUGCCAUGCCUGCUCUGUGGAAGAGUCACCAAAAGGUCCCAAUGCUGAAAAAGAGAAAGAGGCAAAGGAGAAGCACUUGAGCCCAGAGCCUCCACCCUCCCCCAGCCAGGCUGAGGGGACAGAGGGCACCUUCCAAGACGCAAGCAUGGGAGGGAGCAGCUGCCAGGAGUUCGUGAGGUUGUCUUCUGGCAAGGAGGUGAUGAAAGAAAUAUCCAGAGUGAAAAAAGAGCAAGAAGAAAAAACGUCUGAAAUGGGAAGACGACAGCUGACCCUUUUUGCUGAGCACAACCGUAGUUCUGACCUUUCAGAUAUUUUGGAAGAGGAGGAAGAAGAUGAACUGUCUUCAGAAGCUCUGGAAGAGAAGAAAUGGGACCAGAGAGAGUCAUGUUACCAGGAGAAUGGGGAAAAGAUGGAUCUUUGUGAUACUGACAGCGAUGAGGAGAUUCUGGAGAGGAUACUAGAGCUCCCACUUCAGAAGAACCACAGCAAGAAGUUGUUUAGCAUCCCUGAAGUGACUGAGGAUGAGGAUGAAGAUGAGGAUGAGAAGUGUGUUAUGGAGGAAAAGGCAGACCCUCAAGACUCCUUGGAAACGCUUACCUACCAUUCAGGAAGAACAGAGAAGCUGCUCAACAUCAAGGAGCCAGUUCUGAAGGCAGAUGGGAGUAAUACCUCCAAAGAUCUGUCUGCUCAGACUCUGCAGGAGGAGCAUGGUGUUAAGGAGAGCAGAGGGGAUGCUGACCAUGCGAAUCCUGCCUUUGUCCAGCUGGCCAGGAGUCAGAAGGCAGCAAACUGGAACUGGGGCUACCAGGAGAACGACCCGAAGUCUGGAACUGGGACAAGUCCCACUUGGAGCAAGAAGAAGGGAAAUAAUUAUCAAGAGAAGAUCCGGAGUCGGCCUGAGAUGGGUAGGAAGAGACAGAAUGAUUUAACAGAGCACUGCAGUCGUCUGCUGGGCAACUGCAGCCAGAUGGGAGGUGGGUUAUACAGAGCUCCUAGCCUCAGGGAGGAGCUGAAUGUUGUGAGCAGUGCUGGUAGUAAGGAGGGGUUUGAUAUGUACAGUCGUGCCAGACAAGGCGCCUUACGAAAAAACCACAUGAAAGCAGUGGUUUCAGGGUUUGCAGAACCUGCUGUUAUGUCAACACACUGCUCCAGCCCCCGGAGCCUGGAAAUAGACAUUGAAUAUGACUCCGAAGAUGAUCAGGAUUCAACCUGUGCAUCCCCUCCUGAGAGCAGGCUGUGGCCAGAAAGGUCCCAGAGCUGUCAGGGGGACUGGAGUGAUUGCUCCAGUCAAUCUGAGGUUGCCUACAUGGAUGGCAGAAGGGACCUGACCAGGCUGGAGAUGAUGGAAGAGCAGGGUAUGGAGUGGGCUGGGUCUCCAAGCCAGCAUCUGCGAUUUUUCUGCCGUGAGAAGGAAGCACUGAGAUGUGAGAGCAGUUCUGAGGAGCAGGGCUGGGAGCUGGACUGUAAGUCACCUGGCUGGAGAAGGAGGCUCGAACAUCCUUCGAAGGGAAUACGUAACACCUCCUUGCACAAAAGGGCGUCCGGUAAUAAAGAUCCUAGGGGCCAGGAGCUGUCUGGCGCAGCCGCCUGGCAGGCUCCCAGCAGAAGAGGGAACAAGAGCGUAAGAAGAAACCAAAUGCAGAAACCUUUGCUCUCUAGUCUAGGUCCUCCAAGGAGCACUGCUUCAGAAACCUCUGUUGAAGAUGAUGGCAUUAGAGUAUUUGUGGCUCUCUUUGACUACGAUCCUGUUUCUAUGUCUCCUAACCCUGAUGCAGCAGAAGAGGAGCUCCCAUUUAAGGAAGGACAGAUCCUGAAAGUAUGUGGAGACAAGGAUGGCGAUGGCUUUUACAGGGGUGAAUGUGCAGGAAGGGAGGGGUACAUUCCCUGCAACAUGGUAUCAGAAGUCCAGGUGGAGAAUAACGAAAUCAAGAAGCAGCUCCUGAAGCAAGGGUUCCUGCCUGCUGACACACCAAUGGAGAGCAUAGGAAAUGGCACAUUUUCUCCACCUCCACGCCGCCAAACCGUCCCUCCUCCAAAACCCAGACGCUCCAAGAAAGCAGGGCUGGAUAAACAGGAGAAGUACAAGUCUCAUCCAGGACAGAAGCAUAAAGACUUUGAAGCUGAACUGUUGACUCCUCGAAGUAUGGUGGCUGUCUUUGACUAUAACCCUAAGGAGAGCUCUCCAAAUGCAGAUGUAGAGGCUGAACUGACUUUCAGUGCUGGGGACAUUAUCACUGUAUUUGGGUCCAUGGACGACGAUGGUUUCUAUUAUGGAGAGCUGAACCAACAGAGAGGGCUUGUGCCGUCUAACUUCUUGGAAGCUGUAACUUCAGAUGGAGGCAUGGUCAAGGAACUUCAUUCAAAAGAUAAAGAAGCUUUUCCGUUGAGUGCUGAGAGCCAGUUAAAUCCAGAUGGGUCUGUUCAGAGUGACUCCUCACCAACUCCUCCUACUCUACCACCUUCCUGCCUUGUCACGGGUGAACAGUGUCCAGAGCAGGCAUCGCUGGCUGCUCUCAAAUGCAGUGAUGUACCUGGUCAGAGUAAAAAGAAGAGAGGCUUCUUCUUCAAAGGAAAAAAGCUCUUCAAAAAACUUGGGUCCAGUAAGAAAAAUUAACAAGGGAUUUAUUAUUCUGUAAAGACUGCCUGUGCAGUCCACACAGGGACUGAAAAUUCAGGAGAAGCCCUCUGCAAUAAGCUGAUUAGAGUAUUUUCAUAGGGGAAAAGUCUAUGUUGAAUAGAGAAAACUCUUCAGUGGGUCUGUGAGCUGUGGUCUUUGCUGAGAGCCCAGCCAUGGGUGCCCACCCAGCGUGGGUAGUGGCUCUGAACACAGUGUCAUGGCACUGGGGUGUGUGAGGCCUCAGCUCCAGGAUACAGCUACCUCCACAGUAGUGUGUCCUGCUCCAUGCAGCCCUCAAUGCACUGGUUCCCUGUAAAUAUUUUAACUUAAAAAUUAUAUUCUGGUUGUAAGUUAGCUAAAUGACUUUUCCCAGCAAAGCCCCAGUCCCUUAGGAAGAGAUCCCUUGUACUACACACCCUGGUAUUUCUCUGGUCCAAAGGAGUUUGUGUCAACUCCUUCACUUCCUGCAAAGAAAAUUUGCACUUUUCUGUUCCCAUGAAUCCCCUUUGCUGUCUCUGGGCUGACAAGUGAGUUAUUUGUACUGUAAACCUGUAAAUAUGCAGCUGUGCCUAGGAGCAUCCCACACUGCCUCAGUCAUGUUUCAGCAUGAGGAUUGCAAUGGAGGAAGGAGCGAUACCCUGAAGGGGGUCAAUACUUCUGCCUGUAGGGUGGGCUGCUGUAAGCUGCUCUUGGCUGGUUCACCUUGACCACACACUGGCUGGGGACUCCGCCUUAUUUAUUUAUUUAUCUAUUUAUGUAUUUAUUUAUCGCCUGCCUCUUUUCACAGUUUUAUUUGGCUGUUUCAGUGGGCUGCUCUUGAGUUGGAGCAUUUGGAGAGCAGAGCUGGGGAUGGAGAGUUUGCAGCUAUUUUCAUAUGAGAUGAUGUGUUCCUUGAGUUAAGACACAUCCCUUUCUAAGCCACGGAGAGUUUUGUACUACAUGGUUUCUAUCCUUUUCUGUGUUUCUUUCUUUGCAUGUUUCAGUGGGGUUUUGAGAAGGACAGUUAUGUGAGGUACAUGAAUGGUGCCAGCACAGUGUCCACGAGUGUUGGUGAUACGGUAUGUUUUUAUUUAAUAUCAAAUUUUAUUAUAAUAAAGUCUAUUUUCACAAAAACACAUUUUCCUUAAAAAAGCAAAAGAUUCAGUGAUGCUGCUUCUGGGGGCAGGGGGUGCAGAGGGGAAAAUGAUACCAAUCAUUUGCACCUUGAGGAUGCUCCACAGCAUUUCAUAUAGGAGCCCGCUUUUCCUGUGAUUGUGGUGCGAGCUACCUUCUCUGGGAGUGAAAAGUCUUUGCCUCUCCUGCUUUAGAGGCCCAGUCCUGGAGAUGAAAGCACCAAGGUGCAGUUACAGAGUGUUAUACUGUGCCUGAGUGCAGUUAUACCAUGUCCAGACCUCAGCUGGAUGUGCAUGUAGCCCUGCUGCACUGCCUGGGUGGCUUCAUGCAGCAUUAGUCCCUGCAUCUGGGCACUAGAUCCCUUUACUGUGGGUGCCACCGAGCCCAGGGGGACCUGCACAGCCAGAUUUCUUCCCGCAGCUCUGUUCUCUGCUCUUCGGUGUUACCUGUAUGUGGGUGCUCCUGGAUGUGAAGUGAAGGGCACGGGGCUGAAGCAGCUGUCCUGAUACUAACAUCUUCUGCAGAGGGAUUGCAGGUCAGCAGGGAGGGUUGCUGGGCCCAAGGUGGCUGGGAGCAGCCGGGCCAUACAGCUACACCUAUGCUUCCCUGUUGUGUCGAUGUAGCAGAGCAGUGAAAGCAGCAUCAGGUAUGAUGGCUACAUCCAGACCACAGUGUUUCAUUCCCUGAUGAUUUCAUUUUUAGACUAGAGCAAAAAUUAAGAGGUCAGUUAGGGGGUUUGUUAGAAGUACAGCUUUUACUUCUUAAGUUUCAAAUGCUUUGGCAUUUUCCAUUUUUUAAUUGGCUCCUCCACAGCGAGCCACCUUCAAGCCAGGCUGGGAGCACACACCUGUGGAGAAGAUCUGCAUAUCCCUUGCAGAUGUUGGCUUUUUUUCAUACUGUGCUGAUAGGGCAGGUUGGCUGGGAUAGACCAACCAACUCUCUGCAGUUACUGUGUCUUCUGACAUAGCCACUGCUGUACUCGGGCGAUAGACCGAGACGAUGAUCUGCUUUGUCAGAACAAAUGGCCCCAAUAGACACCAGCCCCACUGCAACAAUCUUGUAGGUGGAACGCGCAGCCCGCUUGCAGGCUUGCAAUUUCCAGAGAGUCCAGGCACAUCUUGUGUGAGCAGUGACUGGUCCUGUCCAGCCAGCAGGACCUGACCAAGCACUGCAAGCAGCUGCUCAGAGGUUGUUGCAAGGGUCUUCUUCCAUGUUUCUUACCCAAGAGAUUAACAGCCUACUGCUAGGAGCCUUGAAUCAGUGCUGUGCCUAGAGAAGAGGCUUUGCUGCCUCUGUGUCUCCCAGUUUGGAGUUGUUCUGGGGACUGCUGCCCUAUGCAAAAGUCUAAGUGUGUAUUAUCAAAAAUGCCAUUAUUGGUGUUGAUUUUUGUAGUGCCACCACAACAGACACAUGAGUCUUGGGCUACUUGAUGUCCAGUCCUCCUGUGUGGACCUGCUCUAGCUGCUCAGUUCUUCAGGGCCUCAACCCUGUGUGGUCUCUCCGAUCUGGAAAGAGAGGGUUGGAGAUCCUGGAGACAGACUGAGCUUUCCUCCAGUCUUGCUAGGAAUUGUAGUUUUUCUGCCUGUUUGCCUAGAUGUCUGGAACUGAGCAGAGCUGCUGUCUGUGGUAUCUGACCCCAAGAAAGGAGAAGAAAAAAGGUGGUUUUCCCCUCUCAUCCAGCUGGAACAUUUCAGCUGGAUGAUAUUCUUUAUAUGCUUCAAUAUACUUUGGCUAAAAGAGGGAAAAGUAAGAAAACCCCAAAAGCUCUGAGGUCAGACCACAGGUCUUGGCUCUGUACCUUGCUCUUACAACUCAUUGAGUAGUUGAUGCCUCAUAGUCCCAUCAGUGGAAAGGUGAGCACUUGAAACUGCAAUCUCCCGUGUUACGUGGGGCUCUGCGAAGGCCACUGGCGCAUAAAUGUUGGGUCAGUUCUGUGGAAUGGCAGUUGUGUACCUUGGUCCUCUGGUAAUUCAGCCAAGGUGGCAAAAGUCACUGUGGGCUUUUCUGGGGAUUUUGCAGGAUUUCCUGACAGGGGUGACUUGGUUGCGAAGCUGCUACACCUUGGAGAGAAAUGUUCAGGAUGAUCUUGAUAUUGCAGUGAACCACUGUUUCCUGUGGUGGACAGGAGUCAGGGCAAGGACAGACUGAAAGUGUUGAAGUAAUAAAGUUGCUGCAGCUAUGAA